UUUGUUUGUUUGUUUGUUUGUUUGUUUUUUCAAACUAAUUCACCAAAUUCUUUGUUUCAAACGUGAAAGGUCCAGUCCUGGAUCAGCACCAGGGACAGGUCCAGCACCAGGGACAGGUCCAGCACCAGGGACAGGUCCAGCACCAGGGACAGGUCCAGCACCAGGGACAGGUCCAGAGGAAGGAAACUGAUCUUUUCUGAAACUUGAAAGGUUCAGGAGAUGUUUUUGCUAACGGAUCAGAACCUCCUCAGCUGUUCUGUCUCGGUUCGGUUCGGAGCCAUUGUUCUCCUGUAGAGUCAGAGGGCGUCGGCACCGAGUCCACUGAGGACUGACGCGCCUUUGUGUCCAAACAGAACCCAGAAACCGCGCCCUGUGUGGACCGGGUGAGGCUGCAGGAACCGGAGUCAAACCGGAUCAGAACCAGGUGAGGAGCAACAGAUGAGAUAAAGGAAAGAACGGGGCGGGUCUGCAGAGGUUCUGACAGGACUCGGAUCGAACCGAGCCGACAGGAGGGGACGCGGGCGGACAUGUCCUCCGGUGAACUGGACUCCCGGUUCGGUUCUGCAGCAGCGGAGCCGCCGCAGCGGAUCACACCUGAGAACUGCUACGAGCUGCUGACCCGAGCCAAGCGGGACGGUUCGGAGGGAGACCGGGACCGGAUCCUCCGCUACAUGAGCGACCACUACCUGCAGGUUCUGCAGAGUCCGGCCCUGUUCGGCCGGCUCACGGCGCGGGAGAGGGACCAGAUCCUGGUCCAGAGGAUGGAGGGGAGGAAGGUUCUGGCUGCGGCGGAAACCUGCGAGGUGCCGGACCGCGGGGGGAACCGGGACAGCCCGCAGCGGGCCGAACCGGAGGACUCCACCCGGCGGCGGGUGUUCUGCCUGGACCCGGACUCGCAGCGCUGGGAGGUUCUGACCGUCCUGCCCGAGGAGGUUCCGGCUAAAGGUUCGGGCAUGUGCACCCUCUACAACUACCUGUUCGUGGCGGGCGGGCUGAGCCGGUCCAAAGCGUCGGACCGGGUGUUCUGCUUCAACCCCAGGACCGGACUCUGGAGCCGGGUCCGCUCUCUGACCGAGCCGCGGUGCCAGCUGCGGCUCGUGUCCGUGGACGGCUUCCUGUACGCGGUGGGCGGGGAGUGUCUGUUCACCGUGGAGCGCUACGACCCGCGCGCGGACAGGUGGAGCCACGUGGCCCCGCUGCCCAAAGGCGCGUUCGCGGUGGCGCACGAGGCCGCGUCGUGCGCGGGCCAGCUGUUCGUGUCCGGCGGCUCCCUGUUCUACCGGCUGCUGCGGUUCGACUCCCGCCGGGACGAGUGGGAGGAGAGUCCGUUCAACGAGAGCCGCCGCCGCUCCACCGACAUGGUGGCGCACCGGAACCUGGUCUUCCGCUUCGACGUGGACCGGGAGCGCGCGGCGGUCAGCGUGCACCGCUACAGCACGGUGCUGAAGGCGUGGUUCGGCGGAGCCUCGUUCCCGGUGGAGAACCCGCAGCCGUUCCGCUGCGCCGUGCUGGGCGACCGGAUCUACUGCGUCAACCGGAACCACGUGCUGCAGUUCGAGGUGCUGGAGGAGCGCGAGGGCUUCCUGCCCGAGGUUCUGCCCGCGCCCGCCGAGGCCAGAGGAACCCUGGUGCCGUUUGUCCUCACGCUGGACCGGGACAAGUGACCCGGAGCGGAGGUGGGAGCUUCAUGCUGUGGGACAGAAAACUGCUCAGAGGGAUGCAUGUCUCCUCCUCUGAAGGCAGGACAAUUAUAA